UGUGGCUGGAUAUGUUUGCUCCCCGAGGAGAUGUGGAAAUCCUGGGAUUGUUGGGAAAUACUUUUAUUUUUGGAACAGAUACAGUGAGUGUGUGAUCUCCGUCCCUCCCUGUAACGCUGCUAUAAAGGCCGGGUAGUGACAGACUGGGCUCACACACAGCGUGAGGACAACAUGAUUUCUGCCAGCCUGAUCGUUCUGGGUCUCAGUCUGUGCUUCCUGGGAGCCAGGGCUACGGAUCCGGCAGGUGAGUUAACCCAGAACUAUCCAAUCCUUAUUCAAUCUGUGAGGCUUGAUGAACCUAAGGUCCAGGGCUUAUACAGGGAACCUGGAACCGUGAAUUCACCCAUUCACCAACCCCAUGUGAAGAAUGAAGGGGGUCUCAAACCUAUAACAUGCCUCGGGCAUGUUUGGGCACUCUCUAACACAAUGGUGGCCAAAAGGUAGAUCGUCCUCUGUUGUACAACUUCCACAAUGCUAUGCCAGCUGGAGUCUAUCAUUUGCCCAUGUUUGCAGGGUUGUGUUUGUGAUUGAAUGUAGUCAUGUUUUUGCAUGAAGUAUGUGUGCACGCGUGUAGAGCUGUAUUUGUAUGAACCGGUGUCACUGGAAUGCAGUGGAGUACUUCUAGGCAAUGCUUGCAUUGAACACUGACAUACAAAAACACUGACACACAUAUAAACAGAGUGAUACAUACAGAGAUACACACACUGACAUACACAAACACUAACAUAUUCAUACACAGAUACACACACGUCGUAAUUGUUAUAUUUUCAGCCACCUUUUUGUUAACAAACAUUUUAUGUGCAGGAGGGUGGCUUCCUUCCUUGUGUCCUGCUGGCUGAGGCUGAUAGGAGUGUGGGGGUGACAGGAGCCGGGUCUCCACUUGCCCUCCAAUCCUGUAAUUCCUCAUCCUCUCUUCCACGUGGUGCUCUCUCUGUAGCUGGGCUCUCACUUUCUCCAGCUCUGGCUGCCGGUAGUACAGGGUCCCGGUCAUGCUGUUAAAGGGCCGCGGCACCUGACCUUAGGGUGAACCGAUGGUCCCCCAAGCAUGCGUACUUUUGCCUCUGUCCUGUAUAGUAACAGAAUAGCAUGUCCUGUCCUGUAUAGUAACAGAGAAUAGCGUGUCGUGUCCUGUAUAGUAACAGAGAAUAGCAUGUCCUGUCCUGUAUAGUAACAGAGAGUAGCGUGUCGUGUCCUGUAUAGUAACAGAGAAUAACGUGUCCUGUAUAGUAACAGAGAAUAGCGUGUCCUGUAUAGUAACAGAGAAUAGUGUGUCGUGUCCUGUAUAGUAACAGAGAAUAGCGUGUCGUGUCCUGUAUAGUAACAGAGAAUAGCAUGUUGUGUCCUAUAUAGUAACAGAGAAUAGCAUGUCGUGUCCUGUAUAGUAACAGAGAAUAGCGUAUUGUGUUCUGUAUAGUAACAGAGAAUAGCAUGUUGUGUCCUAUAUAGUAACAGAGAAUAGCGUAUUAUGUCCUGUAUAGUAACAGAGAAUGGCGUGUCAUGUCCUGUAUAGUAACAGAGAAUAGUGUGUCCUGUAUAGUAACAGAGAAUAACGUGUCCUGUAUAGUAACAGAGAAUAUCAAGUCGUGUCCUGUAUAGUAACAGAGAAUAGCGUGUCGUGUCCUGUAUAGUAACAGAGAAUAGUGUGUCCUGUAUAGUAACAGGGAAUAGCGUGUCCUGUAUAGUAAAACAGAAUAGUAUGUCCUGUAUAGUAACAGAGAAUAGUGUGUUGUGUCCUGUAUAGUAAAAGAGAAUGGUGUGUCCUGUAUAGUAACAGGGAAUAGCGUGUCCUGUAUAGUAACAGAGAAUAGCGUGUCCUGUAUAGUAACAGAGAAUAGCAUGUCGUGUCCUGUAUAGUAACAGAGAAUAGCGUGUCCUGUAUAGUAACAGGGAAUAGCGUGUCCUGUAUAGUUAAAGAGUAUAGCGUGUCGUGUCCUGUAUAGUAACAGAGAGUAGCGUGUCCUGUAUAGUAACAGAGAAUAGCAUGUCGUGUCCUGUAUAGUAACAGAGAAUAGCGUGUCCUGUAUAGUAACAGGGAAUAGCGUGUCCUGUAUAGUAACAGAGAAUAGCAUGUCGUGUCCUGUAUAGUAACAGAGAAUAGCGUGUCAUGUCCUGUAUAGUAACAGAGAAUAGCGUGUCCUGUAUAGUAACAGAGAAUAGUGAGUCGUGUCCUGUAUAGUAACAGAGAAUAGCCUGUCAUGUCCUGUAUAGUAACAGAGAAUAGCAUGUGUUCCUGUAUAGUAAAAGAGAAUAGUGUGUCCUGUAUAGUAACAGGAAUAGCGUGUUGUGUUCUGUAUAGUAAAAGAGAAUAGUGUGUAACAGAGAAUAGUGUGUCCUGUAUAGUAACAGAGAAUAGCGUGUGUGUUCUGUAUCGUAACAGAGAAUAGUGUGUCGUGUAUAGUAACAGAGAAUAGCAUGUCGUGUCCUGUAUAGUAACAGAGAGUAGCGUGUCGUGUUCUGUAUAGUAACAGAGAAUAGUGUGUCCUGUAUAGUAACAGAGAAUAGCGUGUCGUGUUCUGUAUAGUAACAGAGAAUAGCGUGUCGUGUUCUGUAUAGAGAAUAGCGUGUCCUGUAUAGUAACAAAGAAUAGCGUGUCCUGUAUAGUAACAGAGAAUAGCGUGUCGUGUCCUGUAUAGUAAAAGAGAAUAGUGUGUCCUGUAUAGUAACAGAGAAUAGCGUGUCGUGUUCUGUAUAGUAACAGGGAAUAGCGUGUCCUGUAUAGUAACAGAGAAUAGCGUGUCGUGUCCUGUAUAGUUAAAGAGUAUAGCGUGUCGUGUCCUGUAUAGUAACAGAGAAUAGCGUGUCCUGUAUAGUAACAGGGAAUAGCGUGUCGUGUUGUGUAUAGUAACAUAGAAUAGUGUGUCCUGUAUAGUAACAGAGAAUAGCGUGUCGUGUCCUGUAUAGUAAAGAGAAUAGCGUGUCGUGUUCUGUAUAGUAACAGGGAAUAGCGUGUCCUGUAUAGUAACAGAGAAUAGCGUGUCGUGUCCUGUAUAGUUAAAGAGUAUAGCGUGUCGUGUCCUGUAUAGUAACAGAGAGUAGCGUGUCCUGUAUAGUAACAGAGAAUAGCGUGUCCUGUAUAGUAACAGGGAAUAGCAUGUCGUGUCCUGUAUAGUAACAGAGAAUAGCGUGUCGUGUCCUGUAUAGUAACAGAGAAUAGCAUGUCGUGUCCUGUAUAGUAACAGAGAAUAGCAUGUCGUGUCCUGUAUAGUAACAGAGAAUAGCAUGUCGUGUCCUGUAUAGUAACAGAGAAUAGCAUGUCGUGUCCUGUAAAGUAACAGAGAAUAGCAUGUCGUGUCCUGUAUAGUAACAGAGAAUAGCGUGUCGUGUCCUGUAUAGUAACAGAGAAUAGCAUGUCGUGUCCUGUAUAGUAACAGAGAAUAGCGUGACAGAUUCAUCUGUAUUGCUGGUUCGUCUGUUUCCCUUUGUUCGCUGGAUUUCCUGUUCGUAUACCCCCGUUCGUGUAAUUUGCAAACUACCGAUUGAAACUACCGAACAAACGACCACCCAGGAGAGGAGUGUGCUGCUGGUUAACCUCUUGGACCCAAUUAGAACGUUGUGGUUAACCGCAGACACCUCUCCAUUCCAUUCGUACGGGUGGUCGUCGUUCGCAUGUCGACCACGAGGCAGCGGCCAUUUUGGGACAUACGAACGCAUAGCGGUGUUCGGUACAAAUUAUAUGGAACUAAAACGGACACUUAAACUACCGAACACCGCUGGAAGCUGCUGCCUACCUUCCAUUUCGACAAGGCAUGCGAACAUCGGUCGUUUGGGAGUUUUUAUUCAUUCGUAUGGACUUUCACCCAGACAGCCAUCCCAUGGAGUCAUUCGUAUACCGAAGGACUGGUGAAAGACUUUGACUCCAUGGCGAUUCGACUAGAUACAUCGGAUCUGAGCGCUAUUCGGUGAAAACAUGCACUCAGAUCCAGGCUGUCUGGGGAUACGUUACACAAACUAUAUUCAUUCGGUAUUCCUUCAGUUAUGUAUUUUAAUGUAUUUUUUCUACUGUAAUGUAAAAUGGCGAUUGUCUCUACCCUGGGAGAUAAUUAGGUUUCUUCCUAAUUAUUUCCGGGGUAGAGAAGAUGGAUUUAUGGGUAAAAUGGGAAGGGCUUAUAUUGAAGCCACUGCGAUUGGCUACUGUCUAAUAUAUUGUACAGUCUUCCACAAGGUCCACCUUGUGGAGACCUGCAUAAAUACCGGGCAGGUAGCCCCCAUUAAACAGAUCUUCAUUUGACCCUCAAGACGGAGCUUGGUCUCGUUUGUGGGGGGAAUUAUUACUGGGACAGCGCUUUCAUUAUUUUUAGCUGUGGAAGGCGUUCGACUGUUUUGCUGAUCGGGAGUUGCCGUAUUCGUGGACUUCGUUCGGGAGUUUGGCGGUCGGCUGGAUUUAAACUGCAUUUCUGGAGAAGGGGAUUAUUUACUAAACGGCGGCUUCAUCUACCUGGCGGUUCGUGUCUUAACAAAUAGCAUGUCCUGUAUAGUAACAGAGAAUAGCAUGUCGUGUCCUGUAUAGUAAAAGAGAAUAGUGUGUCCUGUAAAGUAACAGAGAAUAGCGUGUCCUGUAUAGUAACAGGGAAUAGCGAGUCAUGUCCUGUAUAGUAACAGAGAAUAGCAUGUCGUGUCCUGUAUAGUAAAAGAGAAUAGUGUGUCCUGUAUAAUAACAGAGAAUAGCAUGUCGUGUCCUGUAUAGUAAAAGAGAAUAGUGUGUCCUGUAUAGUAACAGAGAAUAGCGUGUCGUGUUCUGUAUAGUAACAGAGAAUAGCGUGUCGUGUCCUGUAUAGUAAAAGAGAAUAGCGUGUCGUGUCCUGUAUAGUAACAGAGAGUAGCGUGUCGUGUUCUGUAUAGUAACAGAGAGUAGCGUGUCGUAUCCUGUAUAGUAACAGAGAAUAGUGUGUCCUGUAUAGUAACAGAGAAUAGCAUGUCGUGUCCUGUAUAGUAACAGAGAGUAGCGUGCCCUAUAUAGUAACAGAGAAUAGCGUGUCGUAUCCUGUAUAGUAACAGAGAGUAGCGUAUCCUGUAUAGUAACAGAGAAUAGCAUGUCGUGUCCUGUAUAGUAACAGAGAAUAGCGUGUCCUGUAUAGUAACAGAGAAUAGCGUGUCGUAUCCUGUAUAGUAACAGAGAGUAGCGUGUCCUGUACAGUAACAGAGAAUAGCAUGUCGUGACCUGUAUAUUAACAGAGAAUAGCGUGUCGUGUCCUGUAUAGUAACAGAGAAUAGUGUGUCCUGUAUAGUAACAGAGAAUAGCGUGUCCUGUCCUGUAUAGUAACAGAGAAUAGCGUGUCGUGUCCUGUAUAGUAACAGAGAAUAGCGUGUCGUGUUCUGUAUAGUAACAGAGAAUAGCAUGUUGUGUCCUGUAUAGUAAAAGACAAUAGUGUGUCCUGUAUAGUAACAGGGAAUAGCGUGUCGUGUCCUGUAUAGUAACAGAGAAUAGUGUGUCCUGUAUAGUAACAGAGAGUAGCGUGUCGUAUCCUGUAUAGUAACAGAGAAUAGUGUGUCCUGUAUAGUAACAGAGAAUAGCGUGUCGUAUCCUGUAUAGUAACAGAGAGUAGCGUGUCCUGUAUAGUAACAGAGAAUAGCGUGUCGUGACCUGUAUAUUAACAGAGAGUAGCGUGUCAUAUCCUAUAUAGUAACAGAGAAUAGUGUGUCCUGUAUAGUAACAGAGAAUAGCAUGUCCUGUCCUGUAUAGUAACAGAGAAUAGCAUGUCGUGUUCUGUAUAGUAACAGAGAGUAGCGUGUCGUAUCCUGUAUAGUAACAGAGAAUAGUGUGUCCUGUAUAGUAACAGAGAAUAGCAUGUCGUGUCCUGUAUAGUAACAGAGAGUAGCGUGCCCUGUAUAGUAACAGAGAAUAGCGUGUCGUAUCCUGUAUAGUAACAGAGAAUAGUGUGUCCUGUAUAGUAACAGAGAAUAGUGUGUCCUGUAUAGUAACAGAGAAUAGUGUGUUCUGUAUAGUAACAGAGAAUAGUGUGUCCUGUAUAGUAACAGGGAACAGCGUGUCGUGUCCUGUAUAGUAACAGAUAAUAGUGUGUCGUGUCCUGUAUAGUAACAGAGAAUAGCGUGUUGUGUGGUAUCGUUGUGUAGAAUUUCGCCAAUAUAAUGGAUGCAACCAGUCGUUUUGGAAAGCAAUCUGAGCUUUAUUAGGCCACACUCGGCUUUUUAUACAGUGUCCCUAGCAUGGAGUUUCUAAGACAAAAUCACAGGGUUUCCUUCCCACAAGCCAUUGUGUUUGAGAUGACUGAGCACCGACGAACGCAUACCCUGGAUUUUUACGACAUGAAUGCUUGCCUUGUUCGGUACUUUCUUACUCCAGCUGGUCGGGAGUAUGAAUGGGCAAGGGUACGAGUUUCAGCGGGGUUCACGAGCUUGUGUAGUCAACUCAAAGAUCCAUGCCAUUAAUGACCAUAUAAUGGUUCCUGCGUUCGGUAGACAAGAUGGCCGCUGUAACGGACCGUUUUGCACACAAGGGGUAAAAACCGUUUAGGCGAUCGGCCCCCUUUCCAGAGAUACAGGCACAGCUACUGCAGAACAUCAAACUCCCAUACUGGAUACAAAAUAGCACUCCAACUCCCGAACUGGAACCUCCCAAAUAGCUGCUAGCAGACGAACAGGAAAAGCAGACAAUCAGCUUACACUCCUGGCAAUCAGUCUCUAACAGCAUACAGUGAAUCCCCCAAGAACGAGACAAGGCUCCGUGUUGAGGGUCAAGCAGUGGUCUGAGGUGCUGGCACACCCAGCCUGGUUUUAUUACAGUGUUUCAAAUACAGGACCACCCACAGGGAGGGAUAAAACAACCAAUCAUAUCACAGUUACAUCCCACAUAUUCCCUCCCCUUAUCCUGAGAGGAAACUCAAUUAUACAAACAGUUAAAACAUACUUUCUACCCAACUCUCAUAACUCCAAAACCAUACAUCACAUUCACAUAAAAUUACAUAUUCUCAAUCAAUCCAUUCAGGGGAACAACAUAUUCAAAAAUGGCACAAAUCAGACAAAGGGUUCAAAAGUUAGUAAAAAGUCCUUUGUGACUAAAUGAAGCAUGGCUUUCUGGCCCAAACCAGUUUCAGAGUCUUCUAUCCUGGAGAUAAGUAAUUCAAUUAUCUCCCAGGACAGACACAAGACUCCAUUAAGCACAUGGUUGCAAAAAGACACAAAACACUUUAAAAUACAUAAAGUCACCUUUUAUACAUACAGAAUACAGUUUAAUCGCCAUGGAGCCAAAGUCUUUACAAUCAGUUUCAUACAAAUGGGCUCCAUGGGAUUCCUAUCUGGGGUAUAACACAUGCAAACAAAUCUACCGAACCCCAGGCAGAAAAGCACGAAUUAAACUUUUCUGCAGGUAAAAAAGAUGUCUUUUAACAGGGGGCCAUAGUCCAAAGGCAGCAGGCGAGUAACCAGGCUUCUCCAAUGCAAUGUGGCGAGAUUGGUCUCGUCACAGCCGCCAGUCCUGAUAACACGUGUGUUCAUAUAUGCAAAUGAAGGCCACCCAGUGAAGCACUUGAGGUGAUGGUUUGUGGUUAACAUCCAGGGGUUGUCGGUGAUUACAAGGUGUUAACAAGGGGGACAACCACUUCUGUCGGUAACUGAACAGAAGGUAACGGAUAGCCGAACACAAGGGAACAAUUAUCAGGUAGUGAUUCCAUUCGAAUGCAAGGGGAUAUCAGAUGAAACAAAGUACAAAUAAGGGAACACGCACAGGGAGUCCCAUGGAAACGGAUCAAUACUUUGAUACAUUUUUCUACAUUUCUUGACCUCACACCAUACUGCAGUAUCUCCUAAAUAUGCUUUAUUAACCCCACGCCUGCUGCAUUAACCCCACACCUGCUGCAAUAAUCCCUAACCAAGCUGUUUUUGUAAAUAAGUCAGAGAAACCCCUCAGCCAACAAGCUAGAGAGAUACAGAUACAAACAAACACAUAUGUAUUUUUCAAUGUUUCACACAGACAUUCCUGUAAAAUGCUUUAAUCAAUUAUUACCCAUUAUGUCUGAAUAAUGAUAUUUUUUGGUUCCUUUUCCUGAUGUAGAGAAGCCGGGCAUUUGUCCUUUGGACGUUGAUUACCCACGAUGUGACUCGGUGAAUGCAAACAAUCAGGACAACGGAUGUCAGAAAGACAGCGACUGCGAGGGGGAAAAAAAGUGCUGCUUUUCUGGCUGUCAGAAACAGUGCCUCCUGCCUCUGAAAGGUGUGGAACCUGACACAUAAAACAUACUACUGCCAUGUUUGGAAUGUUCUGAAUGUCACUUAUUGACACAAUAGUCUAUAGUGUACAUAAUGUAACAAAGCACUAAAAUGUGACAAGCUGAGAAAGCCUAUCUAGCAUUAAUGCUGUCUAUAACUAAUACAGGGUGAAAAGAGUCUAAACUCUACCAGUUUCAGCCUUUCACAUACCUGUUACUAUUCUUGCUGUUGUCCCAAAAGAAAGUGAAAAACCCAUUUUGAAGUGAUUUUCAAUUUUGUCCCAAAUUGAGGGGAAAAAAUCCUUGACUGUAAAAUGACAGAUUUCUUCUUCGAUCACUAAGCUUUUACCCUACAUAUUAAGUAUUGUAUCCUUGAAUAUUGUUUGAAAAUCUGUAAAGAAUCUGAUAAGUCAAUUAAGAACUGAGAAUCCAAUAUAUUUAGUGUUCUUAAUGCAUAUAAUUAUUUUCUUUGUCAUAGGUGAAAUCUCUUUUAUUGAAGUUUACAUGGGUGACAUCUUACCCUGUGUAUAGCCCUACUAAUGUACAGGUUAUAAGAGAUGUUUGUAAUGGCUUUGUUUAUAUUUAUAUAACAUUAUCAUAUCCCCUCUGAGUUGACUUAUUUAAGUAAACACGUUGUCAUGCUCUCGAUCAGGUCAGUUAGGAGACGAUUAUAGGAGAUAUCAAAUUGCAUCAAUGUCCAGAAGGUGGGUUUUGCAGGAUUGUAUUAAUAAAGGUAGUCCGGAUAAUUCUAUAGCAAUCCAAGUAGGGAGGGUACAGAGUUAAAUGCGGGUAAGUACAGGAGAGCCGGUAAUAAUCCAAGUAGGAUGCGAUGCAGGUAAGUACAGGAGAGCCGGUAAUAAUCCAAGUAGGAUGCAAUGCAGGUUCAUAAACAAAGUGAUUUAACUCCUAAAUGACAGUGAAUUGUGCAGUGAGACUGCCGGGGAAUGAUCUAUACACUAAAACUGCUUUAUUUAGCUAAAGUAAUUUAGGUGACUAUAGUGUUCCUUUAACUUCAAUGUAAAGGCCCCUUACUUAGUUGGGUGUGGCCAUUUAUAGCAGAACUUGUUUCAUAAGAUACAGGUGAGUAUGAGACUAGUGGCUAGGGAGGCCACUAGAGGUGAAAACCAGGAAUCGCAUUUAAAGGGACGGUAAGAAAUUAAAAAGUCUUGCUUGUCGGUAUAAGAACCUGACACACGUUUAAGUUUCAUUUCCAUAAUAAAUUGUGUAGUCCAUCUUAACAUUCUUCUUUAAAUCAGGUGCCCAAAUUUGUACCGUAUAGUCAAGGUGGGUUUUUAUCAUGAAUUUACCUAGACAUAGAAUUAAUCAAUACAUGUUUUUAUACUUAACAAUACCUUACUGGUAGAGUUGAGCGAACCCGAACUGAAAAGCUUGGGUUCAUACCGAACAUUACGGUUCUUGGACCCACGGACCCGAACACGGACAUUUCAGUGCUAAAAAGUAAAAAGUAAAUUUGGGGUGUGCACUUCAUAUCUGAGAGUCAAAUAGAACCGUCAAAUACUGCUGUGACAUUGCAGUUUGCCUAAUUCAAAUUCUUUAGCUACUAAAAAGUUAAUUUGGGUCCUGCCUUUCAUAUCUGAGAGUCAAAUAGAACUGUCAAAUACUGCUGUGACAUAGCAGUUUUAAAAAUUCUAAUUGUUUUGGUGCUAAAAAGUAAAUUUGGGGUGUGCACUUCAUAUCUGACAGCCAAAUAGAACCGUCAAAUACUGUGGUUACAGUGCAGUUUGCCCAAUUGAAAUUUUUGAGGUGCUGAAAAGAAAAUUUGGGGAGUGCACUUCAUACCUGAGAGUCAAAUAGAACCGUCAAAUACUGUGGUUACAGCACAGUUUUAAAAAUUCUAAUUCUUUUGGUGAUAAAUAGUACAUUUGAGGUGUGAACUUCAUAUUGUGCCAGACAAUUUACCUGUGCAUGGCUUGUGUGAUACAAUAAGUCUACAUCUUAAAAAUGCAAUAACUCACAGAAGAUGGGCGAGAAUUUUUUUGGGUAAAUGGAACUUUGAUUCGAAUUUACUACAUCAGCAUAAGAGGGAGCAGGAUGCAAAAGCGGAGUGGCCGUCCCCUAGCGCUCUUCGGUAUGUACUGGCUCUAGAAAUCCCACAGUUAUCCAAGUAACAGACGGAGUGAUCAAAGGAAUCAUAACUGAUUUAAUGACUCCUAAUGAGCCAUUUCUGUGUAAUGGCUGGGUGUGCUUUCGGCGUUCUCACCCUGCUGCUGCUCACCUGUCUGCGCUGCAGCGUAACUUCGGCCUUCCCGCUCACCGCCUCAUAUGUGUACUCAUUCCAAUUACAGGGCCUGGAAAGAGUCCUGUAUUGUUAUUUAUCAUCACUACCUACCCGCGUCGGGAGUGGGUAAUUUGCGCGCCUGCUGCCUUCCUUGCAUGUGGUAGCCUUUUCUCAGCCUCCCUCUCUGGAAUCGAACCCUGAAUCCCUGUUACCCGUGGUCACCAUGGUAGGCGCAGAAAGUAACAUCGAAAGUUGAUAGGGCAGACAUUCGAAUGCGUAGUCGCCGCCACGGCCACCGCCUCCUCAAACUCCUACUCCACAUCCACCUCCUCCUCCUAGAGCAGGGUGCAAAAGCGGAGCAGCCAUCCUCUAGACAGUACGCCUGCUACUGCACACCGCACCCAGGGACCGAGCACACCAAAGUCAGCUCCAAGGAGUUCCCUGGCAUGGCAGUUCUUCAGACGAUGUGCUGACGACAAGACACGAGUGGUUUGCACACUGUGCAAUCAGAGCCUGAAGCGAGGCAUAAAUGUUCUAAACCUGAGCAAAACCUGCAUGACCAGGCAUCUACAUGCAAAGCACGAGCUGCAGUGGAGUAAGCACCUCAAAAACCAAGGAAGGUCUCAGGCUCCUCCUGCUUCCUCUUCUGCUGCUGUCUCGGCCUCUUCCUCCACCUCUGGAGUGACAGUGGCACCUGACACCCCGCAAACAGAGGAUGUGGCAGCAACGCUACCACGUCCGCCACCAUCCCCAAGCAUCUCCACACUGUCCCAUGGAAGCGUUCAGCUGUCCAUCUCCCAAACACUGGAGAGAAAGACGAAGUACCCCCCUAGCCACCCGCGAUCCCUGGCCCUGAAUGCCAGCAUUUCAAAAUUUGUGGCCUUUGAAAUGCUGUCAUUAUGUCUGGUGGAGACGGACAGUUUUAAAAACCUUGAUGGUGUUAUUGGACUGCUAGAAAUGCACCGAAGGCCGCAAAUGUUUCUUUUUUUAUAAGUCCCAAUAUUUUGGGGGCUACCCCAAUUAAAAAACAAACAAAUAAAAUAAAGUGUUGGCUACCUCCUCCUCCUCCAUCGCCGCUUCCACCUACACCGCCACAGUCACCGCCUCCUCAACCUAUGGGUCACUUAGUAUAAACUAUGUACACAAUAGCAGAGGCUUGUGAAGGCCUUUUCUCCAUGCAUCAGGAGUUGAGCUCAGUUUGAACAAUGAAAGAGAAUACUCUGCACUCCAACCCUCUCUCAAAUGGAUAAUUCUGGUGAUCCUCCUGACAGCCAUGCUUUAGAUUUUGAUUUAUGUUCUUCCAAAGCUAAAAUCAAAGAUUCCAUCUAGUGCUAUUUUAUGGCUCAGCUGUAUUUUUAAUUUGUAUGUAUUUGAUGUUAUUUUAAGUGAUUUCCCUAUCUAAGUGUGUUUGCAGGGCACUUGUCCUAUUCUUACCCCCAUUUUACUUCCUUUUGCAGCCCUCUAGCCCUUUCCAUUACUUUUUUAGAGGCAUUUUAGUGCCCAAAAGUUCAGGUCCCCAUUGACUUCAAUGGGGUUCGGGUUCGGGGUCAAGUUUAGGUCAAGUUCGAGCCCAAACUCGAACUUUUUGACGAAGUUCGGCCGAACUCAAACAUCCAGGUGUCCGCUCAACUCUACUUACUGGUUUUAACAACUGCUACCUGACAUUGUUGCUCUUAAAGGACCACUAUAGUGCCAGGAAAACAUACUCGUUUUCCUGGCACUAUAGUGCCCUGAGGGUGCCCCCACCCUCAGGGUCCCCCUCCCGCCCGGCUCUGGGGAGAGGAAAUGGGUAAAACUUACCUUUUUUCCAGCGCCAGGCUGGGAGCUCUCCUCCUCCUCUCCGCCUCCUCUCCUCCCAUUCGGCUGAAUGAGCGCGCAUUCAGACGGUCUCAUAGGAAAGCAUUUACAAUGCUUUCCUAUGGACUCUAUGGGGGCUCCUUUUGACUCCUAUAGGGUUUCUCUGAAACUGCUAUGUUUAUAAAUAAAAAUGGGUUAACCCUAGAGGGACCUGGCACCCAGACCACUUCAUUAAGCUGAAGUGGUCUGGGUGCCUAGAGUGGUCCUUUAAGUCCUUUUUGUUUAUUCUUUUCCCUAACUCCCUAACCCUAGUUCCAUUUAGGGUAUAAGUUCAUUGUGCAUUCCACAUCGGUAAUGCAUGACUGCAUUUAUCUACAUUCAAUCUCAUCUGCUAUCUAUGUUACUAUAGCACAGACAAUCCAUUCACAUAUUUAUUAGUUUUGUAGUGCUGCCAUGUGUUUUAUUUUCAUGUGUGCAGGGUAAUGUGCACGCCAAGCCAAUGUCUUCACAAGAUGCAGUUAUUUAAAAACUUUCACUGAAUUUUUAAAUAUUUGAUUUUAUUACUAUUUAAAAAAAAUUACUAACGUUUCCACAUUGCAAACAAUCUAAACACCAUUAAAAUUACGAUUUGUUUAUUUAAAUUAAAUGUAAAUUAUUGAAAAAUAGCUAAAACAGAUUGCAGUGGAAACUAAUUCCAGAAUUCUAGAAAUUUUAGGUUGGAAAAUACAGAAAUUUGCAAAAACAUUGUCCAUCUUAAAUUUUCAAUUCUUUGUCAAUUUUUCCAGUCCUCAGCUUAUUGUGUAACCGUUUUCGUGCACAAUAUAGACCCGAACAUGUUCUGUGUUAAUUUAGCCGGUGACCAUUGGUCUAUUACCUUAUUAGUCCAUCUUUCUGAUGAAAUUUUUCUCCAAUUUGGUCUCGUCUGCAUUAAUUCAUCAUGAAGUUGUGUUUAAUUGAUGGUUUAUAUUAAGCAUUUCUUAAUUUAUUGCAUUAGAAAUAGCUAAGGUUUUAUAUCGGGUCUACCUCAGGCACAAAGAUAAUGCUCAUCAUCUUAAAAACAUAAAGUAGUCCAAUUGUUUGGAGGGUCCGGCGUUUUCUAGGUAGAAUGCAUGAAAAGUAAGAUGACGGAAUGGAAUUGAUUCCAUUCAUUAUUCUACCUAGAAAGUUACUCUAAUUAAAAAUAUAGCAAUAAUAUGUUCUAUUAAGGUCAAAAAGUGGGAAUUGCUGGAAUUUUACCUUUUUGGUCCAAGUAACGGAAUUGAAAAAUUCGCCAUUUUGCCAGUCUGGCUAUCAUGAGAUAAAUCGUCAACCCAUCCAGUGCUGUAUGGGGCCAUUCGGACAUUAUUCACACUUUUUAAUAAUAUCCGGAUUUUGCAAUUCAGGGCCUGAACGGGUCUGAAUGUGGUUCAGAUGGUUAAAACCUGGACCCGAAUGCUUUAAAUCCAGGCCCGGGUUUAAAAAUAUCUGAACUAUUUAUAUACUUUUUAAUGGAAGGUGGCUAAAGACUUGGGGAGGUGGCCAUAUACUAAUUGUGGGGUGGUCAAUGCCAUGUCCACACCCUUAUUGUAUAGUUAUUUAGAUUCCCCCACCUGCCACAUAUGCAUGGAUUUCGGGGGGACACUAUACCCUUCCCCUGAAUAUUAUAAUUAGGGCCCCCACCCUCCACCAAUGGGUGGGGGCUGGAAGAGACACUUGGUCCCCCUGUUAAAUUAUAAUAACCCUUACCUCUUUAUUUAUUUUUUAUUAAAUAGUCCGCUGGCCACCAUUGUUUAUUUUAAAGUUCCCCACACAAUGGAUACAAGUGUAGGUUACGGAGGUAACUAUGCCUCCCUCAUUAUUUAUCCCAGUCACAAGUUUUAUACACAGUGGAUAUGCCUUUAUCCGAGGUAUAGGGUAUAGGGAGGAUUUAGACAUAAUGGGGGCUCUUAUUGACUCCUAUAGCGUUUUUAUUUUACUUUUUUUAAUGUACCAGCUGGCUGACACAUAAUUAACCCUUGCAAUGCUGAUGGUUGUUUAACUAUUUGGCAUCUGGCUGUUCGCACCGCAAAUAAAAAAAAUAAACAAUAAUUUGUCAAUGUGAAUUCUGCUAGAUGCAUUUGGCCCCAAUUUUUGUAAUAUUGUGAAUCUUCCGGGUCCUAUAAUUAGUGCAGGAUUUGGAUGUGAAAUACUGAUUAUAAUCCAGACACCGAAUGCAUCCGGGCGAUUGCUGCAGAUCGCUCGGGCCGGAGUUGGUUUUAGUAAAUAUGAGAAUUGCCUUUAAUAUCUGCUGUUUAGUGAAUAAUCCUGCAGGUGUCCAUUCUGGAACACAAGAUGAGAACAGAAAUAAAUUAUAAAAUGUUCAAUUUACUGAAUAUGCAAUUUAUCUUGGAAUGUUUGUAUUUAAUGUCAUCUGAAUAACCUGCUCUCAUCCUACAGCUAAGCUGGACCCCUGUCCUUCCUAUGAUCCCUCCAUAUGUGCACGCAUCCGCCUUCCCCCCGGUAACUGCCAUAUGGACAACCAAUGCCAAGGAACUGAAAGAUGUUGCUUCUACUGCGUUGAUUACUAUUGCAGAAGGACAGUGAUUGGUGAGUCUGGCUCCAUGCUGCCCCCUGUGGAUCACUGAGUCAGGGCAUGUCAGGAUUCCCCAGGGCAAUCAGUUACAUCACUAAGUGUCACCAUUUAUGACUUAAAAAAAACCUAAGACAGAUUUGUGAUAGUGGGUGAAACAAUUGUCUUUCUACACCAAGCCCACCAAAGUACCUACCUAUAAGAAAUAAAAUGUCUAUUGCUGGCUAUGAUUGCAGAAGUCAGACGAAAAUGACCUCUUCACUCCACUGAUGCCGGUGAAAAUCCAGCAAGAUCCGCUCCAUGCUAUGCAUCACUUUUAUUGCUCCCACUAACUGCUUGACCCCAACUAUACCUAGCUAUCAGCAAUCCAAGCACCAGCUUUAGUGCCCUGCUAUCAGUACAUGAUUUGGGGGGCUAUGUCUAUCAGUAGAAGAUUUGGAGUACCCUGCCACAAGUAGAAGAUUUGGGGUGCUCUGCCAUCAGUAGAAGAUUUGGGGUGCUGUGUAAUCAGUAAGGAGGUUCAGGCAUUCAUUGUCAGUGGUCCAUCACACGGAGCCAUGCCCAGAUAUCCGUCCGUUGAGAUUCAGAGAGUUCCUACACUGCCUGAGAGUGAUGGGUGUUAUCUUCUAAAAACAGCUGAGUACUUGCUCUGUAAAAGGAAACGAGAGCCUCUUUGUGCUGUGGAUGACGACUCCCACAAUGCUAAAUCUUCCAUUAGUUAAGCUUAGAGUGAUGUGCAAUGUUAUGACCUGGAAUAAAAUGGGGUUUUAUUGGGAAUUUCACUGUUAGGUUUCUGCAGACACUGCGGAGGUGCUGGAUAUAAAUAAUAAAAUCCCUGAAAUCUCCACGUUGUAAGACUAUGAAAUGUAGAACUGCAGAAGGUGUGAGGUUCUAUAAAUGUCAGUAACACAAGCUGUAAUGAUGAAGGCUGCGUGAUUUGGAAGAUCCGUUUGGUUUUAUCAUCGUAUUAAUAAAUGAUUUUAUAAUAAAUUAACCAAUACUUUGCUUUUCUUCCAACAGAAAACUAAUCUCUAUCCGGUAACGAGUGACGGACGCUGCAUAGCACAUAGCACACUGAUGGCACGCCUCGUGAUCCGCCCUACUAUCUCUCCGCUUGGGCUUCCCAUCCAUUCAUUGCUAAUUACUGUCACUUGAUGUAACUGAUUCCAAUAAAUAGAAAUAUCAUCACUCCAUUGUGAGACCCUGCUUUCUGUGUGGGAUUACAGAUAGCACAUAAUGGGAUAUUAGAUACAAACAGAGAUAACAUUUAACUGCUCUCCACCAGCCCACACACUUCCACCCCAUCAUGGACUUCUUCAUGGUUAGAAAAGUGGUCUUCUAUAUUAUCUCCAUAAAAAUAUUACCUUUUGGGCUUUCCCACAUAUUGCAUGACAUGCUCAGCUUGGUCAUUCUGUGGCUGAAGUUGGGUUAGGAUUUCAGGAAUCUCAUUUGACCCAAGGUCCAUGGCCAUCACAGUAGUCGUACAUGAAAUAAACCCAUGUAUAAUCAGGUUAUAGAAUCUGUAGAGCAGCUGUCCAUCUCUCUCUGCCAGCUCAGCAUUCUGAAGAAAUCAAGGAAUUAGUAACAUGAAUUGGGGUGACCUGACUGUCCAUAAACACUACAGCAGCAGAAACGGCAGACGAGUGACUUGUA